CCUGACUCUGGUAGAUUCUUGAGUUUCGUCUGUAUUAUCUUACAAAGGGGACAUCCGUUAACCCCGGUGACGCGUUCGGAGAGCGAACCAAACUGUUUCAAGGGCCACUGAUGGCCAGAGAAAUCAUCCAAGGUUACCUGAGCAAGCGCCGUGGGAAGCUAGCUGUUGGUGGUAGGUUUAGUUCCCGCCCGAUCGAUUCACCCAUCAACCUACAACCAAUGUGAGAGGGGGGAUUAUGGCAGGCCGUGUCGGACAUGCACCCCAAGACUAAUGAUUGUCUACCAUAGUGUGCGCCCGCUAGUCGAUUCACCAACAAGUCCGGGAUGCAGUUCAGCCACAGACGGGGGCAGGCAUCAAACUUUUCGACUUCAACCUCGAACCGUGUCACACCUGGGAGGCCCCUUGCCGCGACAACGAUACCACCACUAAUCUUGCGCACUGUGAUUAUCAAAAGUGGGUUGCCUCCUGCAUUAGUGAAGGUAAUUCUCAAAUGCAGUGAGUCCCAACAUGCCUGUAAGACGAGACACUUGUCUUUGCGCGCAACCGAUCCCAUGUGUGGCAGAGGCAUCCAUCGGUACGUCUCAGCUUCUCUUUCCGGCCCGAUGGCUGGACGUUCAACUUGGACAAUCACGGGUCUUGUGAUCUCUCGUCCGUCUGUUGGUUGGGAGUUCAAUCCGUUGUGGAGUUCAGCCACGCUGCUUCAUAAGCAAUUUUCAACGGGCACAUCCGGUGCGCCGCCGCAACAGAUGCCCCGGGCUGGAUAACCCCACGGGGUCCUACGAAUGCUGACCAUGGCAGGUCGAACAGCGACGACUGCCACAGCACUUACAUAGUAACUGCUUGACACUGCUUUGUUCUGGUACGCUGUUGCGUGUAACGUUGAACGAGCAAUCGUCGCGUGCGGUGAGUAGCUCUGGAGCAGGCGAUGGCGCAUGCACAAAGAACAUCCGACCGGAGCUCUGUCGGGUCGUCGUCUGCGCGUGCCCGA